UGGUGCCCCGUGCCUCGCGAGGGCACAGAACGAGCCCAGUUCGGGUCUGCACAGCUGCGCGCGCUGUCCGCGGUGAUGGGACCCAGCGGAGCGCGCUCCGUUUCUCCGGCAUGUGCGUGAGCUUCCCCCCGCGUGCCGUGUGAGCACAGUUGGAGCGCGAGCGCUGUUCGCGGUGCUGAAAGCAUCCAGAGGCGCGAGGACAGCAGCGCGAGGCUCUGACCGGCAUGAGGAGGACGCUGUCCGCGGCGGGCUGCCUGCUCGCGUGGCGGUUAGUGCUGCUGCUCAGUGACAGCGUGGCUCGAUGUAAGGAGCUGGACCAUGCUGUGAGGACACGCCAGGUCCCGAUGUCUCCCUCUGACUUCCUGGACAAACUGAUGGGGAGGACUUCUGGCUACGACGCCCGGAUCAGACCGAACUUCAAAGGUCCUCCCGUCAACGUUUCCUGCAACAUUUUCAUCAACAGCUUUGGCUCCAUUGCUGAGACGACCAUGGACUACCGAGUGAACAUCUUCCUCCGUCAGCAGUGGAACGAUCCCAGGCUGGCGUAUUCCGAAUACCCCGAUGACUCUUUGGACCUGGAUCCCUCUAUGUUAGACUCCAUAUGGAAACCGGAUCUGUUCUUCGCCAACGAGAAGGGAGCCCACUUCCACGAAGUCACCACAGACAACAAACUGCUCAGGAUAUUCAAGAACGGCAAUGUUUUGUACUCUAUAAGGCUAACGUUAACUCUGUCGUGUCCCAUGGAUCUAAAAAACUUCCCGAUGGACGUUCAGACGUGCAUCAUGCAGCUGGAGAGCUUCGGCUACACCAUGAACGACCUGAUCUUUGAGUGGCAGGAGAACGGACCUGUUCAAGUGGCCGACGGCCUCACGCUCCCACAGUUCAUCCUCAAAGAUGAAUCAGACCUCCGAUACUGCACCAAGCACUACAACACAGGAAAGUUCACCUGCAUCGAGGUGCGCUUCCACCUGGAGCGUCAGAUGGGCUACUACCUGAUCCAGAUGUACAUCCCCUCCCUGCUCAUCGUCAUCCUGUCCUGGGUCUCCUUCUGGAUCAACAUGGACGCCGCACCGGCCCGCGUGGCCCUGGGCAUCACCACCGUCCUCACCAUGACGACGCAGAGCUCAGGCUCCAGGACCUCACUGCCUAAGGUCUCUUAUGUGAAGGCCAUCGAUAUCUGGAUGGCCGUGUGUCUUCUGUUCGUCUUCUCUGCGCUGCUGGAGUACGCCGCCGUUAACUUUGUGUCGAGGCAACACAAAGAGCUGCUGCGCUUCAGACGGCACAACAAGAAUAAGAGCAAGAUCAGUGGAGGUGCCGUUGAUCCAGAGGAGCUAGCCGAGUCCCUUCGUCGUAUUAACACUGACGACGGCCUCAAAGCGGCAGAGCCUCUGUACGGAUCUAUGACCAACAUCUACACCAGCAACCACGGGGAAGGGGGGGCACAUGAGAGCAGGCUGACCCCUGCUGCCGCCGUGACCUCCACCCCGAGUAACAGCAAGGAGUCGAAGGCCAGCGCUAACAACGCCGUGAGUGCACUGAACACGCCGGGAGCCACGGCGCAGAACGCUACCCAGAAUGCACCUGCAGCAGCCAGUGGGGGUAAAAGCAUGGAGGAGAUGAGGAAGCUGUUCAUCGACCGAGCCAAAAAGAUUGACACUGUGUCGAGGGCCGGCUUCCCGCUGGCCUUCCUCUUCUUCAACAUAUUCUACUGGGUCCUGUACAAGAUACUGCGGCACGAGGACGUGCAUAAGCAGUAGAGACAAAGGACGAGAGAUUAUUCAGACGCAGGCGCACGAACAUCUGCAUUUCCUUUUCCAUGAACCCCAGAGAGCCAAUCAGGAUGAUCUUUGUCAUGAAGGAUGGAUAAACUGGAUCUCUGCCUGAAAACCACAGAAAACUUUUUUAAAGGUUCAUGUAGUUAAAAAUAAUCUUCUGAUAGUCUUUGAUACCAAGUCUGUGAUGUUGAAAUUAAAAAUGUUGUUGAAGAGUGCGUGGCAGACGUGACGGAGCAGCAGAGAGGGCGCCACGUGUCGGGAUUACGUCCUCCACGUGGAAUUCAUUCUUUUCCAGUCUGAUAAUAUUUUAGUGGUGGAAAAUCUGACCUGCCAAAGACAAAGUGGGGGAUUUCAGUUAACUGAAACCAGCUCGAUCAAUAGCGUGAAGGAUACUGUGACUCACGGCCAGCUGGGCUGAACGUCUCAACCACACGUAAGUGCGAGAAACUGCAGUUCCUCUAAUGGUCACUAGAGGGCGGCGCCAAAAGUGAGUCAGCGCCUGUAGACUCGUAGACCAUCUGGUCUCUGUAGCUGAUUUCACCAUUUGUAACAACUCUAUCCAUUUAAACUGUAAGGCUUCGCAUUAUGAGGGGCGUGGCCUCGUGAUAAACAGGUGGGUGGAGACACAGGCAGUGUAUCAGUCAGCACAGUGGUCUUGAGUUUGAAGCACAGCCUGCAGCUUCACUUCCAGGUCUGCUGUGUUGUGUAUAACAGGUGUGAGGAUUCGAUUUCCCUGAGAGGCCCAGACGCUGAUGCAGUCUCAGCGAUCACAGGUCUGCUAUCAGCUGAACGUAAAACUUCUGGAAGCUUAAAAGUAUUUAGAAAAAUAACCAGUAAAAAGACAAGUGUGUAGAUAUCCUGUGUGCUGUGGACGUAUCUCAUCAGCAUACUAAUGUAAAAGUCUGAAAAAGCCGGAUUCCCAGACUGAAAUGCGGCAGGCGGCGUGCAGCUGAGCUCGGGCUCCGGGUGGAGAAGUGCAGCUUAGAUCUGUCUGUCUCUGCUACAGUUAAAGCCUCCGUCGCUCCACCGCAGUCUGAAGUCUGAAAAGUGUGAGCUCGUCUGUUUAAUCCUCUGAAACAAUACUGGUUCAGACAAAGACUGCACAUAAAAGACAGACAAAGACACUGUACCAUAGUCCUGAGUUUUCUGUGAGUUUUAGUAUUGUGUCUGUUCUCGUGACAGAUCUGUUUCAGAUCAGCUCAGGCUGACCUGAUCUGAAACCGCCUGGAAAGAAGUGAAAGCCACAAACCUGAGAAGGACUCUGAUGUCAAAGCCUUAAUGUUACCGUUCUGGCUGCCAAAGGGGAAGCGAUUACAUGAGCUAGCCUGGUUAGCAGACUGCAUGUAAGGGUGUGGCAAAACAAAGUGUCAUCCAAGUAAAAACCUUGAAUUUCGCUCACCAGAUACGACUCCAAGUGCAGUGACCUCACAGCAGCCAUGUUAUUGGUCACAUGAUGUCAUGGCUCCAAAAGGCUCCGAAAGCACAAACACGGUCCAGAGGUCCAGUUCAGGUGAAGCUAGCAGCCGCCUGUGUCGCCAUCCACCUGCUGCAGAGGCGGGAGUCUAUCGGGGCUGGCUCACUGCCUCUAGUGGACGUCAGAGGAACUGCAGCGCUGGUUUCAUCUUUCAGCUGAAGAUCAAAACACUUGAGCCGCCCAGUUCAGGUUUCCUCUCCGUUUAAAGUGACGCUUGCAAAAGAAAGAACAGCCAAACAAAAGCUGUGCAUUUUUGCAGCUUUCUGUUACUCAGCAUCAUGGGAUCUGUGUGAGUCAGGUUCGAUGCACCCAUUGUGAGAGUUGUCCUUUCUGCACUGAUUUCCUCCCUGACACGCUGACAACGCCCUGAUGUUUCAUUACAGAUGUGUCAUACAUGCUUACACGACCCACACACUCAAACCUCACUGCGUAUGUCGGGAGUGGCCGUCCCACACUGCGGCGGCGGCGGCGCACAGUCCCACUGGAAGCUCACACUCACUCCCUUUAAGAACAUGCGAGCAGCUAGACCCAGGUUCAUCACAUUUCCAGUCUUCAUUUUCAUUUUUUGUGCGACAGAGUUUUGACAUUUGAAAUUCAUUUGGAGAAAGUGUGAGGUGCAGUCAGUCGCUUCAGCUUUGUGACUUUAGUUCAGGUCUGAAACGCAGCGAUUCUCUGCUUUGCUUGUUUUUGGGAUGAAUUACUGCUGGCUUACGUCACUUUGACCGUUCACGGACUUUCUUUGGAAUUUUGUUGUGUUUUCUAGGAAGCAGUGUGGUAACUUUAAUUACUUUCAGCUGCUGACAUGAGCAGUGAGGGGGGAGCUGCAGCAUUCAGUCAUCUCCUUUUAUAUCCUGCUGCAGUCAUUUGGCACGUUUAGCCAGUUUCCUAAUAAUGAAACCUCAUUUUCUGCACAAAGUUCACUGACACUGUGUCACAGUGAUGUAAUCGCUGCAGCAGCGCAGGGAGAAGGCUCCAGGUUUGAGGACUCUGCAACGAGGUGAGGAGGCGAGAUUAACCAAACGUUGUUCAGGUGUCUUCUGUUCAACAGGACUCGGGUAGUCGUGGUCAGCCUGUUCCAGCUGUGAUGCCAGUUUAGCCCUUUUAUUUGUUUUUGAGAAAUCUUUGUUUGUUUAAAGCGAACAGAAUGUGAUGGCGGCACAGUCGCACGCUGCUCUCCUCUGUGCUGUGUGCAGCACUCCUGUUGAACCAGCUUCACGCUCAGGCCACGUUUGUCCAAACUGUUUCCUGGAAGGAUGUUCAGUUAGCUUAACACGACGCCGUUGCUGCGUUAUUUACAUCAGUGUUUCCCUCCCAGAAAUAUUUGCAUAGUUGUGAUGAAAACAGCCGGCCGUCUGCAGCUGUGUGCAGACUCUGCAUCACAUCCUGACUGUGCACGUUUGCGUCAUGUCUCUCAUUUCUGUGCUCGUGUCCAUCGUCUUAGUCCACAGUCAGAUGUGCUGAUUACUGCUUGGUAUAGCGUUAGGACACAGUCGGUGUGGAAAUCUACUUGUUUUGAUGAUGUCCCAGUUGCGUUGCUGCUUUAUGUGCUUUGAUUUUGUGUUUUUGGUCAAUUUUAUGCAGCAUGUGUUUCAAUCAGCUGAUUUUCAGAGAGUGAAAUAAGUUCAGAUUUAGCAGCUCAGGUUCAGAGUCGGCCUGGAAAGAAAGGCUGUGGCACAGGGAGAUGACACUGUGACGUAACAGGUGUGUAAUCUAUUACAUCAUCUUUACUUUUUGUAUUGGAGAUUAUGGUAAAUGGCCUGCAUUUGUAUAGCGCUUUACUCAGUCUCUAAGGACCCCAAAGCGCUCCACACUACAUUCAGUCAUCCACACAUUCACACACUGGCAAUGGCAGCUACGUUGUAGCCACAGCCGCCCUGGGCCGCACUGACAGAUGACUGAUGUAUCGGAAUUUCAGGAGCGGGACCACGCCUCCAAACACGCUUCUCCGGCUGUCACCUAUAUCGGUUCCCCCAGUUCUGCAAGCCGAUCAUUCUCGUUUACAUGCCCCUCCCUCCUUGUUCUCCACUCUUUAGCUUCUUCACUUCUAUUUCGUCCACGGGGAUCCGCCCGGGAGCCUUCGCCAGUCCCCUUCGAGGCCUUCCCCAAACCGCAGCUCAAUUCAUGUCAAAGCAUCACUUUUACCUGCUAAAACGCUACCAAACUUACAUGAGGACGUGGGCCCAGCUGUGAAAGAUAAUUCGUUACAUCAUCCAUUACAUUAACUUAAAGCGGCCUCGUCUGUUCUGUUAAAAAGACCAUGUUUAGCUACGUGUCACAGCCUGUAUAGAAAAGAUGGAUUUUGUAACACUGCCAAAUGUUUUUAGAGCCAGAAGUCACCGUACUUACAGGAGAAAGUUAUUAGCUAAUGCUAGCCAGCCUGGUUAGCAGUCUGCAUCCACAGGCAACAAAUACCAGCUGAUCACUAAAAUCACAUUAAAAACCUGGAAUUUCACUCAGUAAAACUGUUCAGACUUGUUGGACAGUAACCUCACAGCUGACAUUUGAUGGUCAGAUAAUCAUUAAAACAGCACAAACACUGUCCAGAGGUCAGUUCAGGUGAAGCCUAGCAGACAGCUAGCAGCUAAAGCCGCCUGUGUCCUCGGCCUAUCAGGAGGAGAACGUGUUUCUGCGGACUCACUGCCGGAGCCUCUGCUGGACGUUAGAGGAACUGCAGCCUGUGUAGAUGUUUACUUCUGUUGGAGCAGUCGGUCACAUGUCCGUCACUCUGGAUGAGUUUACAGCACUGUUUUCACUCUGUGACACACACACACACACUGUACAUUUGUGUUGUCGGUCCGAGGUUAUUCAUUUCUUUGAAACACAAAUAAGGUUUAAAAUCUUUAAACGUUCAUAUCGAUGUGUAUCUGGAUCUGUGUGCUUUGUUCUUUUUGCUUCUGUUUUAUGGGCCGAGCGGCUCAUACAGACUGUCUGAAUCCAGCUCGGCUCUGGAGCCCCGAGGUCCCUCGCUGCAUCUGGAUACGAAGAAAAUAAUUUCACAGCCAUUAAUUUUGCAUCUGUUGUGUUUGUAUUUCUACUUGCGCUGUGGUGAACGUGUCAAUUUGUGGACAUAAAGUUGUCGAGCUGUGUGCGUA